CGAGUGCGCGGGGCAGCCUCGCGCGGGCCGUUUCCGCUUCCGCCCUAACGUUCCGUCUCCGUCAGUCGCAGCGAGUCCUGUCGAGGCCGCCGCGGCGGGGAGCGGAAGUUUCGGGCUGGGGCAGAGCCGGGCGGCGCUGAGACCCCAGACAUCUACCCAGUCCUAAAGGGCUCCCUUGUUCAGGAGCAUGAGCAACACACACACUGGUGCCUUGGCUGUGAGGCAUACGUGUUUUACAGAAUGAAGCUAAAUAUAUUGCUUAUCUGAAGGAGCCACAGUUGCUUUGACAACAGCUUUGUGAGAACAUCAAUUUCAGAUUAUCCGUUUACUGAGGAAUAACAUAGUGAACAAGAUACUGAAAUAUCAUGCUACCCUGCCUGAGGCUGAGUAUUCUAGUAGAUCUUAUUUAAUUACAUAAAUGAAGGUAAAAUUCAAAUAAUUGAAGUCAGCCUGCUGGUGAAGAUGUCGCUGUCUAAACGGGAAUUGGAUGAGCUGAAGCCAUGGAUCGAGAAGACAGUGAAGCGGGUCCUGGGUUUCUCAGAACCCACUGUGGUCACUGCAGCAUUGAACUGUGUUGGGAAGGGCAUGGACAAAAAGAAAGCAGCUGACCAUCUGAAGCCUUUUCUUGAUGAUUCCACUCUGCGGUUUGUCGACAAACUCUUUGAAGCUGUAGAGGAAGGACGAAGCUCCAGGCACUCAAAAUCCAACAGUGACCGGAACCGAAAGAGAGAAUUGAAGGAUGUGUUUGGUGAUGACUCUGAGAUCUCCAAGGAGUCUUCCGGUGUUAAGAAGCGGCGUAUUCCACGUUUUGAGGAGGUAGAGGAGGAGCCAGAAGUUAUCCCAGGCCCGCCUUCAGAGAGUCCUGGAAUGCUGACCAAGCUACAGAUCAAACAAAUGAUGGAGGCAGCAACACGUCAGAUUGAGGAGAGGAAAAAGCAACUGAGUUUCAUCAGUCCUCCUGCACCCCAGCCAAAAACUCCCUCUUCAUCCCAGCCAGAGCGUCUCCCCAUCGGCAAUACCAUCCAGCCCUCACAGGCAGCCACAUUCAUGAAUGAUGCUAUUGAGAAAGCCAGGAAAGCUGCUGAACUGCAGGCCCGAAUCCAGGCUCAGCUGGCCUUGAAACCUGGGCUCAUUGGCAAUGCCAACAUGGUGGGAUUGGCCAACCUGCAUGCAAUGGGAAUUGCACCUCCGAAAGUAGAGCUAAAGGACCAGACAAAGCCUACCCCAUUGAUCCUGGAUGAACAAGGCCGAACCGUUGAUGCGACUGGUAAAGAGAUUGAGUUAACUCACCGUAUGCCAACCCUAAAGGCAAACAUCAGGGCUGUGAAGAGGGAGCAGUUUAAACAGCAGCUCAAAGAGAAACCUUCUGAAGACAUGGAAUCCAACACUUACUUUGACCCCCGAGUCUCCAUAGCCUCAUCCCAACGUCAGAAACGCACCUUUAAGUUCCAUGACAAAGGCAAAUUUGAAAAAAUUGCUCAGAGGUUACGAACAAAGGCUCAACUAGAGAAAUUACAAGCAGAGAUCUCUCAAGCUGCCAGAAAGACUGGGAUCCACACCUCUACCAAACUAGCUCUUAUUACCCCGAAAAAGGAGUUGAAAGAAGGGGAGAUCCCUGAGAUAGAGUGGUGGGAUUCGUAUAUCAUCCCUAAUGGCUUUGACCUAACAGCUGGAGUCUACUCUAAAAGAGACAACUACUUUGGGAUCACAAACCUUGUGGAACACCCCGCACAGCUAAGCCCACCAGUGGACAGUGACACACCAGUGACUCUGGGCGUUUAUUUAACUAAAAAAGAGCAGAAGAAGUUACGACGUCAGACACGGAGAGAAGCACAGAAGGAACUGCAGGAGAAAGUCAGGCUGGGCCUAAUGCCGCCUCCUGAACCAAAAGUAAGAAUUUCUAACCUGAUGCGAGUACUGGGGACAGAAGCUGUUCAGGAUCCGACAAAAGUGGAAGCUCAUGUUAGAGCACAGAUGGCAAAGAGACAGAAAGCUCAUGAAGAGGCAAAUGCUGCACGAAAACUAACAGCAGAACAGAGAAAAGCAAAGAAAGUUAAAAAACUUAAAGAAGAUAUUUCACAGGGAGUGCAUAUAUCUGUGUACAGAGUCAGAAAUCUGGGGAACCCUGCAAAAAAAUUCAAAAUUGAAGCAAAUGCUGGGCAACUGUACUUAACAGGAGUGGUGGUUUUACACAAAGAUGUCAACGUGGUGGUAGUAGAAGGAGGCCCAAAAGCACAGAAGAAAUUCAAACGUCUUAUGCUCCAUCGAAUAAAGUGGGACGAGCAGACAUCGAACACAAAGGGAGAUGAUGAUGAUGAAUCUGAUGAGGAGUCUGUUAAAAAGACAAACAAGUGCUCUCUGGUUUGGGAGGGUACAGCGAAGGAUCGCAGCUUUGGUGAAAUGAAAUUUAAGCAGUGCCCCACUGAAAACAUGGCACGGGAGCACUUUAAAAAACACGGAGCUGAGCACUACUGGGACCUGGCUCUGAGCGAGUCUGUGUUGGAAUCCACAGACUGAGGGUGCUGCUGCCCCCAGCGUUCCCAUUGUUAAUUUGAGAACAAUAGCUGGCUGAAAACUUGGACAGAAUUCCCUUCCUCCCCUCAAAUCCCCACAGUACGUUGCAUAUGAUUAAAGAAAUAUUUUUAAAACAACAA